AUAAUAACGCCUCAACCGACUCUCUCCGGCUUCCGUAGAUCAGUUUGAAUUUAAAAUGGCUGCUCUUGUAGACAACGAUUUAAGUGAAAGUGAUUUGCCCAGAGCUGUCCAGCUGCUAAAUAAUCUCACAAACCAGGUGGCCUCAGUCACGGGUCAUGUCCAUGAGCUGUUAACUAAAGUCAAAGAUGGGACAUUUAAGACAUCACAAGGUUUGUCUUUUUUGGACCUUCGCUAUCACCUGCUGCUCUUCUACCUUCAGGACCUCACUCACCUGAUCAACAUCAAGAGCGAAGGAGGCAAAAUAAAAGACAGUGAAGCCUUGAACAGAGUGGUCACAAUCAGAACGGUCUUGGAGAAGAUGCGACCCCUGGACCACAAACUGAAGUACCAAAUUGAUAAACUGGUGCGUACGGCAGUUACUGGCAGUCUAGCUGAAAAUGACCCGCUGCAGCUACGUCCUAAUCCUGAGAAUCUCAUCAGCAAACUGAAUGAAUCUGAGGAGUCUGAGGAUGAGGAUGAGAGAAAUGCAGCCUCAGAGAAGAGAGCAGCCCACUCUAGUGGCAAGAAAUAUGUACCGCCAAAGAUUGCCCCAGUGCAUUAUGACGGUGACAUGACCGAGGCCGACAGGAAGAAGGCUCAGGCGGCGCAUCAGCAGCGAGCAGCUCUGAGAAGCUCUGUGAUCCAAGAGCUGAGACAGCAGUACAGCGACGCCCCCGAGGAGAUCAGGGAGAGACGAGACUUCCAGAGCGAACGGCAGAGCCGCGAGGAGACACACAGGAAAAAUUAUGAGGAGUCGAUGAUGGUGCGACUCAACCUACCAAAGCGUCAGAAGAACGCCAGGAAGAGAGGCACAAUGGCCAUGUCCGGCCAGCUGAGCGGUAUCACACACUUCGGUGACAUCACAGCGCUGACAGGUGGCGAGGGGGGACAGGAUGGCGAGAACACUUAUCCAAAGAAAAAGAAGAAACUCAUGAAGAAGAAAACCAAGAGAAAAGCUUUCAAGAAGCACAGAUAGACUUGAAAGGUGGUGUCCAGUGAUGAAAGAGCAACUUAUGAUGUGAAGUAGAUUUCUUACAAGAAGCCAUCAUUGUUUUAGUUCAUACUACACUGCUUACAGGACUGUACCAUCACUGAGUCAGAUGUAUUAAAAAUAAAUUCCCAGACGCUUUUACAUACAGUGGUUGCCUUUGUUGAAUAAACAUUUACUGAAGACUCUUGUA